UGCCACUUAAAGGCUCUGGGAGCCGCAGCCGUCGGGUCGCCGCGGCUUUCGCUUUGCCGCCGCUGUAGGGCGGGCGGGAGCAGCCGGCUCCGUCGCCGGCUCUACUCGCGUCCCUUCCCCGCAGCACCCAGGGGCGCUCCUCGUGCAACCCUCCCGGCUCGGGGAUUCCCGUCCGAGCCCGCGCCCCCGGGCUCCCCGCCUCAGCCACCCCGCGGCCCCGAUGCCGAGGUAUGGAUAGAGCGGCACGGCGAGCGGCGGCGAUGGGGGAGAAGAAGGAGGGCGGCGGCGCGGGGGACGCGGCGGCCGCCGAGGGGGGCGCCGGAGCCGCGGCCAGCCGGGCGCUGCAGCAGUGCGGGCAGCUGCAGAAGCUCAUCGAUAUCUCCAUCGGCAGCCUGCGCGGGCUGCGCACCAAGUGCGCCGUGUCCAACGACCUCACCCAGCAGGAGAUCCGGACCCUGGAGGCCAAGCUGGUCCGGUAUAUUUGCAAGCAACGGCAGUGCAAGCUGAGCGUGGCUCCUGGUGAGAGGACCUCCGAGCUCAACAGCUACCCUCGCUUCAGUGACUGGCUGUACACCUUCAAUGUGAGGCCAGAGGUGGUGCAGGAGAUCCUCCGAGAGCUCACGCUGGAUGCCCUGCUGGACAUGAACGAGGCCAAGGUGAAGGAGACGCUGCGGCGCUGUGGGGCCAGUGCGGAGGAGUGUGGCCGCCUGCAGUACGCCCUCACCUGCCUGCGGAAGGUGACAGGCCUGGGAAGGGAGCACAGAGAGGACUUGGGCUGGAGUUCGUUGGAUGCCCGGCGGGAAAGUGGCUCAGGGCCUUCCACGGACACCCUCUCACCAGCCAGCCUGCCCUGGCCCCCAGGGAGCACCCAGCUGGGCAGGAUGGGCAGCAAUGCCCAGGGUCCCCGCUCCGUCUCCGUGUCAGCUCUGCCCACCUCGGACUUCCCCACGCCUGGCCCCAGCGAGGGCCUCACGGACACCUGCAUCCCCCUGCACGCCAGUGGCCGGCUGACCCCCCGUGCCCUGCACAGCUUCAUCACCCCCCCAACCACGCCCCAGCUGCGACGGCACACCAAGCUGAAGCCGCCAAGGACGCCACCCCCUCCCAGCCGCAAGGUCUUCCAGCUGCUGCCCAGCUUCCCCACGCUCACCCGGAGCAAGUCCCAUGAGUCUCAGCUGGGGAACCGCAUUGACGAGGUCUCCCCAAGUACUUACUUGACGAGGUUUGGUAAGAGUGAUUCAUUUUCGUCCCCUCCCUCUGCCGCCGGGAGCGAUCUCCCCCACGGCUCCCCACAGAUGGUACGGAGGGACAUCGGGCUCUCGGUGACGCACAGGUUCUCCACCAAGUCCUGGCUGUCGCAGGUCUGCCACGUGUGCCAGAAGAGCAUGAUGUUUGGAGUGAAGUGCAAGCAUUGCAGGUUGAAGUGUCAUAACAAGUGCACCAAGGAAGCCCCCGCCUGCCGGAUAUCCUUCCUUCCAAUAGCUCGGAUUCGGAGGACGGAAUCUGUCCCUUCGGACAUCAACAACCCGGUGGACAGGGCAGCCGAGCCCCAUUUCGGAACCCUCCCCAAGGCACUGACAAAGAAGGAGCACCCUCCAACCAUGAACCACCUGGACUCCAGCAGCAACCCGUCCUCCACCACAUCCUCCACGCCCUCCUCGCCGGCUCCCUUCCCAACAUCGUCCAACCCAUCCAGUGCCACCACGCCCCCCAACCCCUCGCCCGGCCAGCGGGACAGCAGGUUCAACUUCCCAGCUGCCUACUUCAUUCAUCAUAGACAGCAGUUUAUCUUUCCAGACAUUUCCGCGUUUCCACCGGCAGCCCCGUUCCCCGAUUCAGCGGACAGUACCCGGCUCGACGACCAGCCGAAGGCAGACGUGUUGGAGGAUCAUGAAGUAGAGGCCGAGGAGCCGGAGGCUGGCAAGUCAGAGGCAGAAGACGACGAGGACGAGGUGGACGACCUGCCGAGCUCCCGCCGCACCUGGCGGGGCCCCAUCUCCCGCAAGGCCAGCCAGACCAGCGUGUACCUGCAGGAGUGGGACAUCCCCUUCGAGCAGGUGGAGCUGGGCGAGCCCAUCGGGCAGGGCCGCUGGGGCCGCGUGCACCGUGGCCGCUGGCACGGCGAGGUGGCCAUCCGCCUGCUGGAGAUGGACGGCCACAACCAGGACCACCUGAAGCUGUUCAAGAAAGAGGUGAUGAACUACCGGCAGACGCGGCACGAGAACGUGGUGCUCUUCAUGGGGGCCUGCAUGAACCCGCCCCACCUGGCCAUCAUCACCAGCUUCUGCAAGGGGCGGACGUUACACUCGUUUGUGAGGGACCCCAAGACAUCGCUGGACAUCAACAAAACGCGGCAGAUCGCUCAGGAGAUCAUCAAGGGCAUGGGCUAUCUGCAUGCCAAGGGCAUCGUGCACAAGGAUCUCAAAUCCAAGAAUGUCUUCUAUGACAACGGCAAAGUGGUCAUCACCGACUUUGGGCUGUUUGGGAUGUCGGGCGUGGUCCGAGAGGGACGGCGUGAGAACCAGCUGAAGCUGUCACAUGACUGGCUGUGCUACUUGGCUCCUGAGAUCGUGCGUGAGAUGACGCCCGGGAAAGAAGAGGAUCAGCUGCCGUUCUCCAAAGCUGCUGACGUCUAUGCAUUCGGGACCGUUUGGUAUGAGCUGCAAGCAAGAGACUGGCCCUUUAAGAACCAAGCCGCAGAGGCCUUGAUCUGGCAGAUCGGAAGUGGAGAGGGAAUGAAGCGAGUCCUGGCCUCCGCCAGCCUGGGGAAGGAGGUCACGGAGAUCCUGUCCGCCUGCUGGGCUUUCGACCUGCAGGAGAGGCCCAGCUUCACGCUGCUGAUGGAAAUGCUGGAGAAACUGCCCAAGCUGAACCGGCGGCUCUCCCACCCUGGGCACUUCUGGAAGUCUGCUGAGUUGUAGGCCUGGCUGCCUCGCAUGUGCCUGGGGCUUUCUUCCUCCUAAUCGUCACUCGGCACCUCGACUCCUGCUCAAAUGCAAACCGAGAGGCGGGCACUAACCCGGGGACGCCAUCUCUGCCGCUCCACCUUCUCUCCUGAGGCCUCCUCUUUUGCUUUGUUUGUUUUAAAAACUGGCCCCUCCGUCUCCAUGGCCUGCGUGUGACUGAAUACCUGGUGUCCGCGGAGGACCCCCUAACAGCUCCCCCCAGAAGGCCCUGGACGCGGCUGCACCCUCUCUAGCUCUUCCUCUGCGGGUGCUAGCGUGUUUUGUUGGGUGGCCCUGCCUCCUACUAACAGCUCAGUGAGACCUGUGCCCUCCCCCCACCCUGCCAACCUGCACGUUGCCAACCCCAGCACGUCGGCCUCCCAGUGGCUGGGUCCAAAGAACAGGGGGAGGGGGUGUGCUUGGCUAUUAACCGUAGGGGAUCUUGUCCAGCAAGGAGUGGGGCGAUUUCAGAGCUGCGCAGGGCCGUCCCCUCUGCAGGGCUGCCGGUGGUGGACACCCCAAGGUCUGUUGCCGUAAAAGACACCAGCUUGGAAGGACUGCUCAGCAGCGCUCAGGGGGGUCGUCUGAAAGCAAGGGGCCUGUCUCCAAACAGUUUCACUGAUGAAAGCAAAGCUCCUGCCCCCUCCCUCCCGCAACGUUGCUCCCUUUACAUCUGCCCAGUGGGGAUGGCAAUUUCCAGACCCUGAGUCAGCUCAUCGAGAGUGUGAUUGGCUGGGCACCCAGAGUCCCUGCGUUGUUGCCAAAUGCAGAUUCCUGGGCCCCCAGGACCCGAUCCUGGUCUCUGGAGACCGUCCCUGAGCACUGCGUGCUUCCAGGUGGCCCUCCGAUGUGUGAGGCCCACUUCUCACAGGAGCUGGUGAUGUCACUCAGCUCUGGGGUCGGGUGCCCUUCUCCCAGUUCCUCUGGGAGCACGCGCUUCCCUGGGCUGUGGUGAGAAGUCAGCUCAGAGGAGCCCAUGGCAGGUACUCGCUCUGGGAGCUGGGGGCUGUAAGAUGCACAAGCCGCCGCCCUCCAGCGGGCGUGUGGCCAAGGCUGGGCUCCCGACCCAGCACGACCAGGAGCAGCUCUGUCGAGACUACAGCCGUUGGCUGUGGAAUCAUUCUCCCUUCUUGGUGGGCUGGGUCCUCUGUGAGCUUCUGGCAUUGGCCCACUCCUUAGCUCAUGUCACCCUAACCUGACCAAGACCAGCGGGGCUGUAACCCUUGUUUUUGUUCCUCUUUGCAGCAUUAACAGCAGCAAAGUUGUACCCCGGUUUGAGAGGUUUGGCUUGGGCGCCCUGGAGGCCAGUAAUCCAAAGAUGUAGCCAGCUGUGCAGUUUCCCCGCCGAUUUCCUCCUUUUUCAAAGUGUUUCUAAAACAUCCACACAACCUCCACCACAAAAAGCAGCACUCGCCGCUGAAACGUCCGCCCGCCGCUCUCCCAAGCACCGCAAGCCAGGAGCCUGCGUUCUGGGCUCAGACCUGUUUGUGUGCAGAAAACACCAGGGUCUCGGAGACGGAGCUGCACCUGCUGUUUCUUAAAGUGACAUCACCAACAACCAAACCUGUCCCGACGGGCAGCCAAUGUUUACAUGUGCGAUGUUUUACAAUAGGUAAUAAUAAAAGCGGGCUGUGCGGAGGGGCGCCGGCCCGCCGGCCGGGACAGCAGACGUGGUUCCCCUGUGGAGAGCCCUGUGGGCAGGGAGCCCGCGCUGGGCCGCAGGAAGGAAAGCCUCAAUGUUGUGGACGUUUUGGGGACAGGAUGGAGGACCACAGAUCUGACCUCGCCUCUGCUUUGGCCCUAAAUCCUGUUGGGGGGGCGGGGGAAGCUCCCUCAGCCGGGGUCUCCCCUCGUCCCUUCCUCCUCUUGCAAAGGAAACCCUGGCUGGGAACCGAGCUGGAAUACGAGGGUCCCCAGAUCCCAGAGAGCUGGGUUCACCUCUGACCCCUGCAGUUCAGCCCACCCCAGCUGGAAAGGCAGAGACGGAUCAAACCCGAGUAACAUCUGCACUGAUCCAGUGGUUCCACCUUCUGCAGCGAAGUUUCCUUCCUACCCGCAGGGAGGCAGCCAGGGCCGCGGCUUUUUAGACACAGCUGAGUCCCUGACUGACAUUUGAUUUGACCCCAGAGCGAAGGCCGUGUGUGCCGUGAAGGCUCCGUGAGGACAAGGAAGGUGCGGGGGGAGGAGAAGCAGCAGUGGGUCCCCGAGCCCCCUCCCAGCCUCAGUGUUACCUGGCUGGCCCCUUAGGAACCCAUCCUCAGUCACCCCAAGGCCUGGAGCCGCCCAUCUCUUCCCCCGGCCCCAGUCCUGUUGAAGCCCCUCAGCCCACUCCUGGCUCCCCCACUCUCCAUGUGCAGAGCUAAGAUGGGAGGCGUGUGCCCCCCCUUUCAUGAGAGCCCCCCAGCCUCCAGAGCCUUCCCCAGCUACGAGUCAGGCCUCCCUGUCAGGCCUCCGUUUGAACCAGGACCGCCCGUGAUGGGAGAGCGUCCUGCCUGUCUUCAUUGGAAGCUGCCGCCUCAAGAGACAAGUUCCACGCGGCAAAGAAGCCCGUCAGUGGACGUUCUGUCCUACGAGGCUCCCAGCCAGAAAUGACCAAGGGGGGUGAGAGUGGCCGUGUGGUUGGGUUCAGGCCCAGAACCUGUGUCCGUGCUCUGAGCCAAGAUGGGAGGAGGUGGUCCUCCCACCCCUUUCACUCAUGCCCCUAGCAAAGCUCCCAAUCGUCAGAGCCGCCCUCCCCCUUCCUGGUCUGACCAAAAUGCCGUAUGAAACGGGCCUCUGCCCAGACGCUGAGGGCUGUGGGCCCGUCUCCAGGCCAGGCCAGCACCCUGGCUGAGCGGUACUUGGAGAGCACAGUUGCCGGGCAAUGCAAGGUACCCGGCUCCCACUGCCCGUCCGCCCUCCGGAUGGGAGCGCCUCCCCACCUCCCAGUUAGGGUGUGGGAGGAAGAUGGGAGCUGGAAACCAGUGGCUUUGGCUUGUGUGGGUCUGUCCUCUGGGGGUGUCUGUUUCUCCCAUCAUGCCUUUGGCUUCCCCCAUCAGCCCUCUACAAGGUCACCCCCACCCUCAUCACAGUGUGUGACUGCUGCCUCUCGGCUUCCCCCUCUGAGCCCGAGGCCGUGCUGGUGAGCCCUGGGCUUGGGCAGCAGCGGAGCACACGGGGCUCAGCGCCUCCUUCGCCCACGAGAGUUAGUCUGCGUUUUGUUUUUUCUCAUGAGUGUGACACUCGUGGGUCAGCUCAAGAAGCGUUUGUUGAGCAGCUACUGUGCUCUGUGCAAGUGCCGGGGGCCUGGUGAUAAGACAGGCACCGUCUCCACCCUGAUGGAACUGACGGUCUGCCAGGAACCCCAAGAGUGUAGCUGAGCGUCUGGGGGGCACCUCUUCUCCAAGGCCCCAGGCAGCCUCCCCACGCAUAGCCCGAGCCUUUGCACUCCCCGUCAUUUAGGAGAAACACCUCGGAAAGCCCCCCCAGUGGCCCCCUGCCCUGUGUUUCCAUGACUGUGAAUGAGGCUGGGAAGACGUGCGUGCCCUCCGUGUGCCCUCCCUUCCUGCCUUGGAAACAUGGAGGACGACAGAUACUGUGAAUUCAGCCUCACGGCCAACUGUGAAGGGGAAGGAGAAGCUGGGAGGCCUCCUUGGAGAGAGCUCUGGGGCUGCAGACGUCCGCACUGGGGUCAGAGUGGAGCCCAAGCACUGGCCCUUCAGGGCCCCCCCAGUUCCAGCCUCACCUCCAAAGUCCCGAGGUCUGUGUCCCCACUGCCUUUAGCCACCAGAGCCGCAGCCACUGGGUCUCCAUCCAACUUGAGGUCCUGAACCCCAGCGAGUCCCUGUUUGUCGUGAGCGGUGUGUAGCAAAGUGACCUCUCCAUGUCACCAAACUAAAGACAGGCACGGGGCCCUGGACUCUGCCCCCUCCCAGCGUUUCCUGUGACGUCGGAGGGAGUGGCGCCCUGAAGCCUGUGUUCGGUGUCGAUUUGGGGGCAGGUGGAGACAUAACUGUGAAGCCGAACCGGGAGCUUGUGGGCUUCGGCGACGUCAGCCGGGAUCUCGUCAGCGCGCGCACCCCCUGUGUCUCCUGUGGCCGCGGGGCACACACUUGCUCUUUUGAAUGUGAUGUAAAAUUUGUACAGGAAAAGUUUUUAUAUUUUCUACCAACUGCAUUUGUCUUCCAGAAAUGCUAUUAAUUUAAAUUAAAACGAUGAGUAUUAACGAACGUGCUCUAUCACUUUUUGCCACUGGCAAGAACACACCCUCUGCCAGGCCAAGCCUGGCAUCUGGAGUUUGAAUAAAACUGUACCAAGGUG